UCUAUCUCGAGAGAUCAUCAUCAUCACUUUUCAAUUGGACGAUGGAUACCGAAGAUAUCUUCGAUUGCAUACUCCGCCUAGAGGAAACACACAUACAGCAAGGCUUCGACGAAGGUUACGAAGCGGGCCUUGCGUCGGGUCGGGAAGACGCUCGCCAUCUUGGAUUGAAACUCGGGUUCGAGACAGGCGAGCUUCUCGGAUUCUACAAAGGCUGCUCUUCCCUCUGGAACUCUCCUGCUCUCCUUGCUCACUUGUCUCCUCAGCUCCACAAGCACCUCCACGAUUUCCAAGCCUUGCUCGAUAAGUUCCCGCUGCUGGAUCCGGAGGACGAAAGCAAAGACGAGAUCAAGGAUAGUCUCAGGGUCAAGUUCAACAUCAUAUGCGCGUCUCUCGGCGUACCCAAGAAACAAUUGGUGUACAAGGGAUACCCAAACCCCUCUUCGAACCUCGACUUCUAA